AUGGCCGUGCCGCUUUGACCGUCACCCGCCUCCAGUCCCAGCUGAUGUUUGUUCUGGCCCUGGCUGUGCUCGUCUGCCCCUUGGGCCGAGUGACAUGUCAGGGGGAAGGUCAGACACCGUCCCCUGCACAGGUGCUCCAGGACCUGCUGUCCCGCUAUGGAGACAACAGCACCAUCACGGUGCCCCAGCUGCGCUCACUGCUGGCUCUCCUCAGCAAGGGUCAGGGUGAAGGUGACAGCGACAGCAGCGGUACGGCUGAGACACCUACAGCAACCUCACCUCCCAAAUCCAACAGCACGAUUUUGCCUGCAGACACGCUGGCCGUUUACAGCAUCAGCGAGCAGUCGCGGCUGGAUGAUGGGCAGGGCUUACGGGAGCUCUGCCCCACCAUGCUGCAGCAGUUGGAUGCCGGCACCUGCAGGGCACUGAAAGAGGAGGACUUAAGCAGUGACCCCCCCACCAGGCCGACAGACGCUGAAGUGUGGGGUUAUGGGAUCCUGUGUGUGACACUGAUCUCUCUGUGCUCGCUGGUUGGGGCGAGCGUGGUGCCCUUCAUGAAGAAAACCUUUUACAAGCGCCUGCUGCUCUACUUCAUAGCCCUGGCCAUUGGCACGCUGUACUCCAACGCCCUGUUUCAGCUCAUCCCAGAGGCCUUUGGUUUUGACCCCAUGGUGGACUUCUACGUGUCCAAAUCUGCCGUGGUGUUUGGAGGCUUUUACCUUUUCUUCUUCACUGAAAAGGUCCUCAGAGUACUGCUAAAACAGAAAAAUGGGAGCCACGGUCACAGUCAUUACCCCGGCGCAGAUCGUUACUCGACGCCCGACGGGGAUGUGGAGGAGGGCGAGAAGGAGAAGCUGCAGCACAACGGAGAAGCCAGCAGCCUGGCUCUGGGAAAGGUGGACGCAGGGGAGGGCGAGCUCAUGCUCAGUCCUGCACAGACACCACAGGACUCCCAGAGCCCAGACAGCGGGGGGCGGUCCGGCAGCAGCGGCGGUGGCUGCUACUGGCUGAAGGGGACUAACUACUCUGACAUCGGCACGCUGGCCUGGAUGAUCACACUGAGCGACGGCCUGCACAACUUUAUCGACGGCUUGGCUAUUGGCGCCUCCUUCACCGCCUCCGUCUUCCAGGGCAUCAGCACCUCCGUGGCCAUCCUGUGUGAGGAGUUCCCCCACGAGCUCGGAGACUUUGUGAUCCUGCUGAACGCUGGCAUGAGCAUACAGCAGGCGCUGUUCUUUAACUUCCUGUCGGCCUGUUGCUGUUACCUGGGCAUGGGCUUUGGCAUCCUGGCCGGCAACAGCUUCUCCCCCAACUGGAUCUUCGCCCUGGCAGGAGGAAUGUUCCUCUACAUCGCUCUGGCAGACAUGUUUCCGGAGAUGAAUGAGGUGAGUCGUGAGGAAGAGGACGCAGGCGGCAGCAGCUUCCUCCUCACGUUCGCCAUCCAGAACGCCGGCCUGCUGACGGGCUUCUCCAUCAUGCUCCUCCUCACCACCUACUCCGGGCAGAUACAGCUGGUCUAGCACCGGAUCAUCCGGACCGACACCAGCCGGGACCAGUUUGACGUUCAGACCUCAGCUGGUUUGUGCUGGUGUGAACUGACCCCAGCAGGACGAAACCCUCUUUUAUCUUCCUCCCAUCCUCAGUUUUCUUGGAGUUUGGGGAGUUUGGCUGCUGUGCGGCAGGUACGCACACAUCCUCUAUCAAAAAUAUUCGAGUAGCCGUACAUGCAGAGUUCCCACAUGCAGUAGAUCCCGAGCAGAGGGGGUGGCAGCCUCCUUUUUCAUGUUUUAUCAACCCUUUUCCUGACAGCUGCUCCCUCCAACCGUCUAGAAUAAUAACUGAAGCGGCGCCGCAGAGACGAGUUAGACUUCUGCUGUGAACAUGAACUGACGUGCAAUACUCCCCCCGUCACUCAGACGCUUCUCUUUCCCCCAGACUACUGAUCAGCCAUUUUUGGCUCCUGCUCUUGUUUUUUUUUUUCUCCUCUCGUCCUUCCCUCUGUGAAUGUCGUUGAGCCUCAACUGUUGAGAUUCAGCAGAGUAUUUAUAUCACUAAUCCUCCGUGCCCGCAGCACUUCCUCAGGAGGUGGGAAAAGCACAAUCAGGUAACAGCAGCUGACGUCUUUAGAGUUUUUAUCCUUCUUUUCCAGACUUUAACCCUCUCGCCUUUCCCCCUUUUUUUUCUUUCAUUACAUACCAAAAACAAAUUGUUUCGGACCUGAACUGGAAUUUGAAUCAACUGUCAACAUCAAACUGACUUUCAGCUGGACUUUUAAGUGUUGACGUUAUAUUUUUUUAUACGUGAUAAACAUGAAAAUCGGACUUUUGAAGACCAAAUAUGGGCAGACCAUUGAGAAUGGUGAAGGGCUACAAAGUGAGGGCACACUUAAUUUCUCCUCAGUACGGACUUGUCUUCAUCCUCGGCACGCAGUUCGAAAUCCAGACAGAAGCCUGAGUCCGAUACGUAAAACGACAUCAAGUCAAGAGUUUGAUAUUUGUGGCUUCAUCCAGAUCAGAUGCAACAACACUCGGCGUCCACGUCGAUGUUUUUCCAUGUAGUUUACCAUCUGUGCCCUUCAUUAUUAUAGCAUUUAGUAGUUUUUUAAAUUGUGUAUAUUCUUGAUUUCAAAGUGAAAAUCUCUGGUCUUCACACAUCCUAACGACUAUUUUUUCUCUAAAUUAUCUAUUCUUCUACAGAACAGAAUGCUGUAAGCUGGGUCAUUUAUCCACACAAAUCGCCUGUUUUUCCUUUCAAUAGUAAUCAGCUACUAUCAUGACAGAAAAUUUAACAUAUAUAAUGUAUCAAGUUAGGUUUGUACCACAAUCCCUCUGAUUCUUUCUGAGUUAUACUAUGUGGCCAAAAGUAUGUGGACAUCCCUAUAUGCACUUUUUAAAAGUCACUUUUUAAAUGUUACUGUAAUUUAUUUUAUUUGCAAAAAUACCAAAAGAAAUUACUGUUUCUUGCCUCUUGGAUGACAAUAUUUGCUAGAUUUUUUUCUACUAUUUGUCGACAGUGAUAGUUAUUUUAAUAUAUUUGGAUUUUUCACCAUUAGUCCAUACUUCCUGCUGCCCCAAACAUUUUCAGUGAGUGGGAGUUACUCACCUCGACAGAUAAACGUCUUCAGUCAGUCCUUAGUGUCCGCUUUACCGAGCUAGUUUUUCACGUUGGUUGAACAAAACUACACAUUUUAAUAUGGGUUUUAAAUUUUUGUUUUACGAAAUACAAUCACUUUAUUGUCCAAAAUGUGAUAAUUUACUUCAGUUUCACCAUAAAAUACAUAUACUGUAUAAUUCUCUAUUCUGACAUCAGUGCGAUUGUAACAAAAUACAAUCCCCCCCCCAGGGAUCAAUGAAGUGAUUCUGAUUCUGAUUCUGAAAAGACAUGCCCCAAAAACAUAGAAUCAAAAAUUAGUAUAUAAAAAAACAAGACAACUUUACAGUUCAUGUAAAAGUAUAAGCGCAUAAAAACUUUUUUUUAAAAAAGACAAACCAUUUGUUAUGCAUCAGAUGGUUAAGCAAGGAAUCAAUCAACCGAUUAAUCCAGACUGAAAAGUAAUUUAAGUUACAUCUUAGAUACAUAAAACAAAGCCAGGUCCAUAAAGAAACGGUUUUCCCAGUUUGGUGGCGACACGUCUUUAAUAUGUUUGUGGCUGAAUGGAAGCAGAUCUCUGCAGCCACGGUCCAGUAUACUAGAAGAGACGACGCUGUGCAGCAGCAGAUUAUAGUUUUAAAGCAAGAUGUUUAACACUGACAUGAGUUUGGGUGUCCACAUACUUUUGGCCAGUCGCAAAUGGUUUAUGAUCCGUAAUGCUGACGUUCAGGGGACCAGUUUUUGGUGUUUUUGUCAUGAUGUAAAUUACAAACAACAAGCAGUAACAGUAGUAUUGUAUAAGGAUGAAACAGCCAUUAUCACCAUAGCAACAGUGUCCUAUAUGUUACUAUUAACACUACAAACAUGUUGAUCCAUUUUUUUGUGGUACCGUGCAGCUGUAUUCAGAGUCCAGGAGUUCACAGAUUUUUCUCCGAUCAGCACAGAAUAAGUGAUCCAUAACCAAAACAUACGUACUUUUCAGUAGAUUAAUUAUGAGUUUAGAAUAGAGCUGAAGUUUAUUAUUUAUCAGCGAUAGAAACUGGAAGCCGUGAUUGGCCGUCACGUUGUAUAAACUUAAAUUUUCUGUUUUCUUAUUCCUGGAUGGAGAAGGUCGGCUAUUGAAACGGGUACCGUGAGGUACAGUAUUGCUGCUGCUUGAUGUGUAUGAUGAUGAAUGGUAGAUUAAGUUUUGUUGAGCCAUACAAUAUUUAUUUUAUGCUUUACACCCAAGAUUAAUUAAGUAUUCAGUUUCGGUUUACACCACAAGCCAUGAAAGCAGACAAAAAUGCAGUUGUCUUGUUUGUUUGUCUUUUAUCUUUGUUUAAGUAUUUUAUUUUGAAAUUGGACGUUUUAAUAAUGCAUUGCACAAUAUAUAACUAUAUAUAGAAAACUGAAGUCAGAGCGUAUACGCACAUAUAGAAACAGUACCUUUGGUCAGUAAUGAUUAUUUAAAUCUGAUAAUGUUUAGGUCAGACACACAACAGUGAAUCAGAUAAUAAAUUCAGGAGCACACAGACAAUAUUUCAGCUUUAUUUGUGUCUCUUUUAUCAGCGUCAAACGACCAAUGUUUGACUCUCCGGAGAUUUUGAUAAUUUAUCAGACUUGCAACGCGUCAUUUUGAAAAAUAUUGUACCUAAUGUAACUUAAGGGGAUCCUCAUCAGCCUUCUCUGUGUGUCAUGGAAAUCUUUUUUUUUUUAUAAACAUCCUUUUCCAAGAAAA